AUGUCAUCACAAACACCAUCACGCGGUGGUGGUACAAGUGGAGGUGGUGGUGGCGGAACGAUGACGUGGGCAUCGUCACGACGUUUAGUUAUCACAAACGAUGUGCCACAAAUCGUUGUGGCUAACAAUACCCCACCACGAAAUCACGACCGUGGAGGGAUAGUGUUUUCGUAUUCGCGUGGCACAAGUUCAACAAAUGCCCGCGGAGGAGGAUUCCAGGCUAGUAGAGGUGGUUGCAGUUCAGGAUAUCAGAUCAGGAACUCCUCAGCAACGAGAGGUGGUGAGUCUGAUUUAAAGAAUCGUCAGAAUGGCGAGUGA